AUGGGCAAAUCUCUAUCCCGUGCCUUGAUUGGCACGGUCGUUUUUACAUACGGCUUCUUUACAGUGAUUCUUUACGCCCUCGUUGCUAUAGCGAAAGGCACAUACUUCAAACGCCCCACUGAAAACGAGAAACUGGACCUACAGCUUGCUCGCGAUCGCUUGUGGAAUUUAUCUAAAGUCUUCGACGGUCUCUCUCACCACAUUCUAACCUUGCAAAGCGGAUUCAAAUUCCACUUUGUCAGUAAUGAUAUCCCGAACAUACCGGAAACGAUCAAUUCCGAUAAACCAUUGGUCAUCUUCAUCCAUGGAUUCCCCGAUAGCUGGGCAAUCUGGCGACGCAUUAUCAAAACCUCUACUCUUCAAGACGCCGUUUCGCUCGUUGCAAUUGACCUUCCCGGAUAUGGAGGAACGGAGAGCCUGGAAGAAUAUAAUGCAACAAGUGUCUUGGAGAGACUGACAGAGCUGAUUGUCACCCUGCGCACCCAGUAUGGCGUGGACUCUGACAACGAAAGUAACAAGAAGAGAACCAUCAUUGUCGCCCAUGACUGGGGUUGUGUCUUGUCCAUGCGCCUUGCUGCCGAAGCUCCGUCCCUGGCCCAUCGGUUCAUCCUGUCCAACGGGCCAUCGAUGAAAUUGGUUGAAUCCAAUAUCCGCCGUCUGCUUUUUUCGGCCAACAAGAUGCUCGCUAACGCCUGGCGUUCACCACUACACGCCCGUGGCCCAUUGGUGCAAGCACUCAGAACCAUCACCCCUCUCGCCCGCCAGCUUCUGCUGUCCGGCUAUAUCUUUGCCAUGCAGCUACCCACGCCCAUGGUCUACUACUUCCUGGCCGGAGGCAACUGGUCGCUGUUGAGAAGCAGUCACCUCGCCUCGUACAACAAGGAGGAACAUACCCACAUCGACGUGGCCGACAGCAUGGCUAGCACCAUGGGUCCGUCCGCCGCAGAACUGGAUACUAAAACUCCUAACGCUGAUACCUAUCCCGCCAGCCUCGGCGAGCGCGCGCUAGCACAUGUCUUGCAUAUGGCGGCUUAUUACCGUGAUCGAGCGGCGACGGCACCCUGGGUCAAAUCCAUCGAGACUGUUGCUAGCUUACACAGCAUUGCAUGCAAAAAGCGAAUGGCGAGCAGCGGAGCUGGGCUAUUUGAUGAAGGUCCCCCGGGCGCUCUCAAAGCUAGCGCGACAAUUUUCUGGGGCAAGGAUGAUAUUGCUCUUGACUCCAGGAUUUGUCUUGAUGGGAUGGGUGAUUACUUGGUGCAGGGGUCUCAAAUUUUGCUACUUCCCCGUACUGGGCAUUGGACUCCGCUUGAACGUGAGAGCGGCGCAGCUUUAAUCAAGACUGUUCAAUGGGCUGCUCAAGGCGAAGAGAGGGAUCUUGGGGCGGUUAUUGCUGAAUCCUACCCCGGUGUGCAGGUUACUUUUUCACGAUAA